AUGACUAAAAGUAACGGAGAAGAGCCCCAGCUGAGGGGUAGAAUGGAGCGGUUCCAGCAAGGAGUCCGAAAACGGACACUCUUGGCUAAGAAGAAAGUACAGAGCAUUACAAAGGAGGAUGUUAAAAGUUAUCUAUUUCGGAAUGCCUUUGUUCUCCUCACUGUCACCGCUGUCAUUGUGGGUACAAUCCUUGGAUUUACUCUGCGGCCGUACAAAAUGAGCUACCGGGAGGUUAAAUAUUUCUCUUUCCCAGGAGAACUCUUAAUGAGGAUGUUACAGAUGUUGGUGUUACCCCUCAUCGUCUCCAGUUUAGUCACAGGGAUGGCUGCCCUAGAUAGUAAGGCCUCAGGAAAGAUGGGAAUGAGAGCAGUGGUCUAUUACAUGACCACCACAAUCAUUGCUGUAGUGAUUGGCAUAAUCAUUGUCAUCAUCAUUCAUCCUGGGAAAGGCUCAAAGGAGAACAUGCACAGAGAAGGCAAAAUUGUGCAAGUGACAGCUGCAGACGCCUUUCUUGACUUGAUCAGGAACAUGUUCCCUCCCAAUCUCGUGGAAGCCUGCUUUAAACAGUUUAAGACCAACUACGAGAAGAAAAUCUUUAAGAUGUCUAUCCCACCCAAUGAAACAAUUUUAGCUUCUGUGAUAAACAAUGUGUCAGAGGCCAUGGAAACCCUCACCCGCAUAAAAGAGGAGAUGGUCCCAGUUCCAGGGUCUGUGAAUGGAGUGAACGCAUUGGGGCUGGUUGUCUUCUCCAUGUGCUUUGGAUUGGUGAUUGGGAAUAUGAAGGAGCAAGGGCAAGCACUGAAAGAUUUCUUUGAUUGCCUUAAUGAGGCUAUUAUGAGACUGGUAGCUGUAAUCAUGUGGUAUGCUCCACUUGGUAUCCUCUUCUUGAUUGCUGGAAAAAUUGUCGAGAUGGAGGAUAUGGGAGUGAUCGGUGGCCAGCUGGCCAUGUAUACCAUAACUGUCAUCAUCGGAUUGCUCAUCCAUGCAGUUAUUGUUCUACCACUUUUGUACUUCUUGGUAACUCGCAAAAACCCUUGGGUUUUUAUUGCAGGCUUACUGCAGGCACUCAUCACAGCUUUGGGGACAUCCUCCAGUUCUGCCACCCUCCCCAUCACUUUUAAGUGCCUGGAAGAGAACAAUGGAGUGGACAAACGUAUUACCAGAUUUGUGCUACCAGUGGGUGCCACCAUCAACAUGGAUGGGACUGCUCUGUAUGAGGCCCUGGCUGCCAUCUUCAUUGCUCAAGUUAAUAACUUUGAGCUGAACUUUGGGCAAAUUAUUACCAUCAGCAUCACAGCCACAGCUGCCAGCAUUGGAGCUGCCGGGAUCCCUCAGGCUGGGCUGGUCACUAUGGUCAUCGUGCUGACCUCUGUCGGGCUACCCACAGACGACAUCACCCUCAUCAUUGCUGUGGAUUGGUUCCUGGAUCGUCUUCGUACCACCACCAAUGUUCUGGGAGACUCUCUUGGAGCAGGAAUUGUUGAGCAUUUAUCACGACAUGAGCUGAAGAAUCGAGAUGCAGAAAUGGGUAAUUCUGUGAUUGAAGAGAAUGAAAUGAAGAAACCCUAUCAACUCAUCUCCCAGGAAAAUGAGACCGAAAAACCCAUUGAUAGUGAAACCAAGAUGUAGACCGGCAAAACAAAAUAUA